GCGCGCUGCCCCGUGCCGAUCGACCAGCGCCCGUCGUCGCAGCUUCGCGAGAUUCAAGAGUCGGCGCUUCUCGGGUGGGGCGGGCUCGAGCUCAAGUGGUAUCUCUUUCGUUUAGGGCUCCUCGGGACGUUCUUCUACUUUGUCAUCGCGUAUCCGAUCGCGGUGUACUCGUACGACCCGGCGACGCAGCCGGUGGAGGCGAUCAUAUGCGCGCUCGUCGGCUCGCUGACCGCGACCGCCGCGUUCGCGCUGCUGAUCUACACCAACUGGAGUUACGUCCGCGACCGUCUCCUGAGCGCGACGGUGGAGUACGAAGAGACCGGGUGGUACGACGGGCAGACGUACGUGAAGGACCAAGAGAUGCUCGCGCGGGAUCGGCUGUUGGGCACGUACACCGUCAGACCGAUCGUCGAGCGGCUGCGAAAGACGCUGCUCGCGUGCGGCGCCGGCGUGUUCGUC